AUGGCUACAAAGCCAGAGAAGGCUGUUCCCAGCAUAGCUUCCACCACUCCAAGGCCGGACUUCCCCUACAACAUUGAGUUCCGGGCGGAGAACUUUCAGCUCUCGCAGUUGGAGUUGAAGCGGAAGACCAGUUACGACGUGGUGCUUCUGUUGAAGAUUACCAAGUGGAUCCACAUGAUGUAUGGCGACGUUGGAAUCGAGGAACUCUUCACCAAGUGCCACGAGUUGCUGCGCCUGGGAGGUCUAUUGAUCUUGGAGGCACGGAGCUAA